GCCAGCGCGCUGCCCGGCGGGGCCCCCAGGAGCAGCCAUGGGCCUGAGCAGCAGCGUGCCUUUCCCUGAGCAGGAUCUGCCCUGCAAAGUUCUGGAGGAAUGGAAGCCUCCUGCCGUCGAAGUCAGCCAGGUGGAGCGCAUCGUGGACAAGCGGCGCAGCCGGAAGGGGCGCACGGAGUACCUGGUGCGCUGGAAGGGCUACGACAGCGACGACGACACGUGGGAGCCCGAGCAGCACCUGGCCAACUGCGAGGAGUACAUCCACGACUUCCACCGGCGCCACCCCGAGCGCCCGCGCGAGCCCGCGCCGCGCGCGCCCCGCGCGCCCCCGCACAGCGCGCGCAAGCACGUGUCGCGGCCGGGGCCCCCCGCGCCGCCCCCGCGCGCGGCCGCGCGCGCCCCGGGGCUGCCCCGCGAGCCCGAGCCGCGGCCCGCGCCGCCCGCCGCCGCGCAGAAGCCGCGCCGCGCCGGCCGGGGCAUGGACCUGGCGCGCUCGGGCAUCAAGAUCCUCGUGCCCAAGAGCCCGCUCAAGGGCCGGCCCGCGGCGGACGGCGCGCCGGGCCCCGGCGCCGAGCCCCCGGCCCCCGCCGAGCGGCCGCCCGAGGACGCGGCGGCGCCCCCCGAGCCGCGCCCGCGCCCGCGGCCGGCGCCCGAGCGGCCGGCGGGGGCCCUGCUGGGCCCGGGCGCCGAGCGCGCGCGCAUGGGCAGCCGGCCGCGGGCCCCCCUGGCGCCGCAGCCGGCCGCGCCCGUGGCGGCCGUCGUGGCCACCGGCCUGGCCGUGAACGGGAAAGGCUCGUCGCCCUUCAUGGACGCGCUGACGGCCAACGGCACGGCCGGCCUGCAGACGUCGGUGGGCAGCGUGGCCGCGGGCAAGAGGAAGCUGCUGGACGAGCGCCGCGACCAGCCCUUCGACAAGCGGCUGCGCUUCAGCGUGCGCCAGACGGAGAGCGCCUACCGCUACCGCGACGUGGUGGUGCGCAAGCAGGAGGGCUUCACGCACGUGCUGCUGUCCACCAAGUCCUCGGAGAACAACUCGCUGAACCCCGAGGUGAUGAAGGAGCUGCAGAGCGCGCUGAGCACGGCGGCCGCCGACGACAGCAAGCUGGUGCUGCUCAGCGCCGUGGGCAGCGUCUUCUGCUGCGGCCUGGACUUCAUCUACUUCAUCCGGCGGCUCACGGAUGACCGGAAGCGGGAGAGCACCAGGAUGGCCGAGGCCAUCAGGACCUUCGUGAACACUUUCAUCCAGUUCAAGAAGCCCAUCAUCGUGGCGGUCAACGGCCCAGCCAUCGGCCUGGGGGCGUCCAUCCUGCCGCUGUGCGACGUGGUGUGGGCCAACGAGAAGGCCUGGUUCCAGACGCCCUACACCACCUUCGGGCAGAGCCCGGACGGCUGCUCCACCGUCACCUUCCCCCGCAUCAUGGGGGGUGCCUCCGCCAAUGAGAUGCUGCUGAGCGGGCGGAAGCUGACGGCGCAGGAGGCCUGCGGCAAGGGCCUGGUCUCGCAGGUGUUCUGGCCGGGCACCUUCACCCAGGAGGUCAUGUUCCGCAUCAAGGAGCUGGCCGCCUGCAACCCCGUCGUGCUGGAGGAGUCGAAGGCGCUGGUGCGCUGCUCCAUGCGGGCGGAGCUGGAGCAGGCCAACGAGCGGGAGUGCGAGGCCCUGCGCAAGGUGUGGGGCUCGGCCCAGGGCAUGGACUCGAUGCUCAAGUACCUGCAGAGGAAGAUCGACGAGUUCUGAGCCCCACGGCCCGGACGCCGCGCCAGGCCUGGAAGCAGGGCGCCGCCGCCGAGCUAUUUAUUACCCAGGAGUUCUACGUACUGUAACUUUAAAUAAAUAACUACAAAGCUCCUUCGUUCGACGUCGUCAUUUUGUGCCCAGCUCCCCGCCGUGUGCAAAGCGCGGGGCCGGCGCCCCCCUCCCGUCUCUCUCUCUGGCUGGCGUCUCAGGGCCCGGGGGCAGGUCGAGGACACGUCCUCGGUGGUGCUGCGAUCACCGUCCCUGCGGGAACAGGCCCGCAGGCUGCGGGCGGGCCUCGCCCCGGCCCAGGCAGAGAGAGAGACCGAGCGGGCCCCCCGGGUCCCCAGACCCAGCCGCGUGAGCCUCCCGCACGAGCGAUUUCGCCGCGGAGCCGCGCGGGCCUGCCCCGGCUCGUGCACACUUGGGCGCGAGCGGAGAAGCGGCCUCCUCUUGUUCCUCUGCUCUGUUCGGUCUCACCCAGUUGUCACGAAGAAGCCGCCGCGCCUGGAGAAAAGGCUCUGGUUUCGGGGUCACCGGCGGCGCCCUGGCUGCCUGGUGUCGGCCGGCGGCGGCGGGAGGGGGCUUCAGUCGUUGGUUUCUCUGACCCUUUGGGGAACGGCUGCGAGGGCUGCUUUGUGUCUGGGUGAGACGGUCCCUUCUUUGCGGAUUUGGUUUGUCUCCAGGCGUGACCGCUGUAUCACACCAAAAAGUCUCAAGUAUUUCUAUGUUUAUAAAGUGUCAUUUUUACGUUCACUUAGACUAUAUUUUAUUUAAUAAGUUAAGAUUCCUGGCCACACUAUUACAUGCAGAAACUCCUUUUGAACAAAAAAGAAAACUACCUUCUCCCCGGCACCCCGCGCUGGGCCGGUGGCCGUGGCUGACGAGGGUGUCCCCUGUGUCCGUGGGGGGCCUGUCCCCCUUCAGGCGGCUGCCGACCCUGUGCCCCGAGCUUGCAAUCACGUUGAAUGUAUGAGGACAUAAUAAAAUCAGAACCUUAUUUUUGUACAGUUUUGAAGUUUAUACUUAGAAACCGGCGCCCCCCCAUCAGAGGGGUGACUGGUGGGGGGCUCGGACAGUAUUUUUGCAUCUGUGGGACCUACUUUUUCGUUCCGUAGUUUGAACUAUAUAUAAACUGUACAAUCUGUAAAGUUUUUAUAGAAUAAAUAUUCGGCUGUGAAGACAGGUUAAAUAAAACUAAUAUUUCUUAACA